AUGUUCUUCAACUCAGCAACCAACAGCCAGCAAUUCGGCCGCAUGAUUCUUCUUUGCCUCCAUGCAAAUAAAGAGGAUAAUGGCUAUGACAUUAAGAAGGAUCAGCACCUCAUGCGAUAUAUCGCUGUCUCAAUCGUUUCUAUCAUUUGCCUUGCACAGUUCUUUAGUCCUGCGUUUGGUCGAAGAUUGAACAAGUUUCUCGCCGUGGUCAAAAUUGGCUUCCUACUUGGAUUACUUGCUGUUGGACUGGCUGCACUCGGUCGUGACUUCGACAGUCAGAGCAGUGCUGGUUCCUCUUUGGACAGAACUGGGGAUUGGGCUGAGCGACGUGAAGUUCGUUCCAAGGUCUCCUUCGCCAAAGCACUGCUUGUUGUUCUUUUCAGUUUUGAGGGCUGGGAAAAUGCUACCUUCGUCGCCGGAGAGAUCCCUCGAAACCAACAGCAGAAUCUACGCCGAGGGUUUCUCGCCGCUGCUGUUACUGUUGGUUCCCUUUAUCUCAUUGUCAUUGCUGUCUCGCUCAACUCACUUUCAUGGGAAAAAGUGGACGGUGCUGACAAUAUCAACUACGCCCCCAUGCUCAGUGGAGAUACGGCAACAGCAAAAAGAGCGUGGGCUAUUGUUAUAAGCAUCUCUGCUUUUGGGAGUCUCAAUGCCAUCAUCUAUACGUUCUCAAGAGUAAAACAGGUUAUCGGACAGGCUGAAGUUCUUCCGUGGUCGCAAUUUCUCAAAAAGGAUGACUGCUUGGACAGAAAGCCAAGAUCGCAACGGAAUGCGUUCCGCUUCAAGUCUCCACAGGGCGGUUUGAUUGCACAUUGGCUCGGCACUGUAGCCUUGAUUGCUGUCUCGGCUUCAAUUUCAAGUACCCUUGAAUCUAUUGGCCUAGCUGGCUACAUACAGACUUACACCCAUUGUUUCAUUCUGAAUCUAAUGUAUCCUCCAGUGGUUCUCGGAUUCGGGUAUUUUAAACUCAAGCACCAACAUGAAUUUCUCAACUCUGCUGGGAAUGGACAACAGCCAGCUCCCACUGGACGGUUUGUCGAGGCGCUGGUCCUUGUUUGCACCCCCAUAUAUAUCCUUCUGAAUCUCGCCAUCCUCGUGAUCAACGUCGUGCCCCCUUAUAAGAGCACUGGUAAUGAGAAGAGCGUAUUUCCAGGCUACGGCUAUCCUCUGAUUGUCGCUUGCGGGUAUAACCCCCAAGCCUGCACAACAUCGGGAAAACCAAGGGCAAGGCUAGGCAUCAAGCUUCAUAAUUCAGCCAAUAAUCGCAUAUGCAACAUUCUGGAUGUUCCUGGGCCCAGCUGA